AUGACUUCAAACCUUUUCAAGCAAGACAUCAUAGGCGACAACGAGUUUUCACAAUUACUUAAAGAUUUUACUUCUGUCACUGGUUCCGUUUUGGAUAAUACUACUUUAUAUAACGCUGCUGCAACAGCGACUCAACAACUACAUUCUACACCUUUCGAUAUGUCCCCUCUCCUAACCUCUACUCAAAAGGAGAGUGGGAACACCAGAGAUUACGUUAACGAUAUUGUUUCUUCUUCUGCUUAUCCGCCACCUGCUCAAGAUCCACAAAGAGUUUUACGUCAAAUGAUGAGUUUAUGUAAACAUAUUUAUUCAAGGGGUUUGAUCGAAGGGAGCGGAAGUGAUGUUACCAUUAAAGCUUUCGAUAAAGAUUAUCAUUUACAUAGAAUAAUUCUUUAUCAAAACACUUAUUUUUCAGUUUUAUUGGAAGGUCCUUGGAAAGAAAAUGGUGCAAAAGAUAUAGAGUUACGAUUUGAUGAUAAAAAUAUCACUCGUGAAGCUUUUGAGAUAGCUUUGGGUCGGUUAUAUGGCAGACUGGAUGAAGUCAUUUUACCUUCUCAAGUAUUAAGUCUCCUUGCAACCGCUUCUUUUCUUGAUUUACAGGAUUUAUGUGAAAUGUGUGUGGAUGUUAUAUUAAGAGAUAUAAAAGAUGAUACUGUGGUUACUUAUCUUACUUUUGCUACCACCCAUUUUUAUGGUUCUCAUUCUGAAAAAAUCACAGAAGCUUGCUUCACUUAUCUAUGUAGAGAAGGUUAUGAUAGUUUAACCCUUCAAUCCGCCUUUUUAUCCUUACCCGCUGAGUGGUUAAAGAGAGUAAUAGAAAGUGAUGCUUUUUGGGUUGCCGGUGAAUAUGAGAGAUAUUUAUUUGCUCGUGAUAUAGUUAGUAGGAGAAGGAAAAUUUUUGUUGAACGAAAGAGAAGAAGUGUGGUAGCUUCAUUGUCAAAUGUUGAAAUUUCUGAUUUACAUAAUUUACCGACUGAAAGUUCGGCUCCAAUUUCUCCAACAACUCCUACUUCUCCGGCUGGAAACAGACGAUUGAUAGAUACUUACUCUUAUCAUACUAGACGUUCCGCUUCUGUUAGUACCAUAAGUUCGGUGUGUUCUGCGACGUCUUCGUCUAUACAGGCGGAGAGUGAUGAAUCUAUUUACAACGCUAUAUUUACCUAUGCAAUUUACUAUAGUCACAUGACUUUUGAAGAAUUAAAUUUUAUAUUACAUGAUUGUGAUCCUACCACCGGUGUUCCAUUCUCUCCUGACUAUGUAGUGAAAGAUGCUUUAUGGCAGCAGAUUGAUCUUCGUAACAAAAUUGAGAAUGCUACAGAGACUGAUGUUACAUUAGGAAUUUCUUCUUCUGAAAUAUUAACAAGUUCAACGGGUGUACAUUUUGAAAUUCCUUCAGAUGAUACCACUCAUAUAGGUGAAGCACUUACUGGAUUAGAAGACAUGAUUGGAGGUGGAACAAAAGCAAUGAAAGAUGGUGAAGGUAGAGGAAGUGUAGAGUAUUCUCUGUUUGCUCCUUUUAGAUUUAGCGUUGAAUUUGCGGACGUUGCUAAAUUGAAAGAAAAACAGAGAGUAUAUUCUGGAACAAAAUUUUAUGCCGGAUCUAAUUGGAACAUGUAUAUCCAAAAAAUAAAAACUCCUCGUAAAGGAAUACAACUUGGUGUAUAUUUGCACCGUCAUUCAAUGCCAGAUCCUGCAUCACCUUGUGGUAACAAUAAUAGCUCCUCUUCAUUGAUGAACGUAUCACCCCUAAACAAAAGUCCUACGUCUUCCCCUUCAGAUGAUCGAUUUUCUGCAUCAACUCGUCAAACUAUAUUAAUGAAGAAUAAUGGCCCUAGUCACGUGUUGACACAAUUUCAGAGUAGUCCAGAUAAUUUUGCACUAAUGCAAAGUUGGGGUUGGCGAAGUUCAAGUCUUUGUCAAGAUGAUUAUCUCUUGGAUGUUCGUGACUAUGACACUUCUGCUUCAGCUAUUUCAAACUCUUCAUCAACUUUAAAGUUUUCUGUG